UCCGGCCCCUCGUUGUCACGACGUAACUCGGGCUCUUAGCGCUGCUGCCGCUGUCGUGGAGAGCCGGGAGGGAAAAGCGGCUUCUUCUGCUGCCCCCCGACCAGUCCCCGUUCUCCCGGGCCGGGGGCGGCGCCCUCGCCAUGGCUACCAGCACCACGGGCUCCACACUGCUGCAGCCGCUCAGCAACGCCGUGCGGCUGCCCAUAGACCAGGUUAACUUCGUAGUGUGCCAACUCUUUGCCUUGCUUGCGGCUGUUUGGUUUCGAACAUACCUUCAUUCAAGCAAAACUAGCUCAUUUAUAAGACAUGUUGUUGCCACGCUUUUAGGCCUUUAUCUUGCACUUUUUUGUUUUGGAUGGUAUGCCUUACAUUUUGUUGUACAAAGUGGAAUUUCCUACUAUAUCAUGAUCAUAAUAGGAGUGGAAAAUAUGCACAAAUAUUGCUUUGUUUUUGCUUUGGGAUACCUCACUAUGUGCCAAAUUACUAGAGUCUAUAUCUUUGAUUAUGGACAAUAUUCUGCUGAUUUUUCUGGCCCAAUGAUGAUAAUUACACAGAAAAUCACUAGUCUGGCUUAUGAGAUUCACGAUGGAAUGUUUAGAAAAGAAGAAGAAUUGACCCCAUCACAGAGAUGCUUGGCUGUAAGACGCAUGCCAAGUCUACUGGAGUAUUUAAGUUACAACUGUAAUUUCAUGGGUAUCCUGGCAGGCCCGUUAUGCUCUUAUAAAGACUAUAUUACUUUCAUUGAAGGCAGAUCAUACCAACUGACACAGUCUGAAGCAAAUGGGAAAGAAGAUGUAAAAUAUGAACAAAGAGAUCCUUCACCAAAUAUAGCUGUGACACAGAAACUCUUAAUCUGUGGGCUCUCCUUAUUAUUUCAUAUGACUGUCACAAAAACUUUACCUGUGGAAUACAACAUUGAUGAUAACUUCAGAGCUACAGUUUCUUUGCCUAUGAGGAUUAUCUACCUGUAUGUCUCUCUAAUGGCUGCCAGGCCCAAAUACUAUUUUGCAUGGACUUUAGCAGAUGCAAUUAAUAAUGCAGCAGGGUUUGGUUUUAGAGGAUAUGACAAAAAUGGAGCAUCACGCUGGGAUUUAAUAUCAAAUCUGAGAAUCCAGCAUAUAGAGUUUUCAACAAGUUUCAAGAUGUUUCUUGAUAACUGGAAUAUUCAAACAGCUCUUUGGCUUAAAAGAGUAUGCUAUGAGCGAGCUUCCUUCAGUCCUACGAUCCAGACCUUCGUCCUUUCAGCCAUUUGGCAUGGUGUGUACCCAGGAUAUUAUUUAACAUUUUUAACAGGAGUACUAAUGACAUUAGCAGCACGAGCCAUAAGAAACAACAUUAGACACUACUUUGUUGAUUCUCCUAUUGUUAAAUUAUGUUACGAUGUCAUCACAUGGAUAGCAACUCAAGUAGCAAUAAGUUACACAGUUGUGCCAUUUGUGCUGCUCUCUGUAAAACCCUCUUUCCUGUUUUACAGCUACUGGUAUUUCUGUCUUCACAUUGCCUGCAUCUUAGUGUUGUUGAUAUUGCCAUUGAAAAGAACUCAAAAAGGAAGUAUAGAACACGAAAGCAUCAAGCCCUCAUGGCCCAAAAAACUAGAAGAAAACAUUUUGGAACAGAACAGUUAUUCCACAACAAAUAAUAGUUUCAGUCAGAAACGAGAAAUAACCUGCAGAUAUCCAUCACUGAAACAAUGAUUGGGAAAUACUAUGAUGAAUAUGUUUUGUAUGUUUUCAAAACCCAUUUUUAGCACCUUUUGAAGGGGUUUGUAUUUGUUUGCAAAGGUGUUUAGUAAGAAAAGAAUGCUGUUACCUAGGGAAUAUCACAUACAAUAGCAAGACUGGAAACAAAGCAAAUUAACCCCUCCUAUGCCAUGUCCCUGUGGGUCAUGCCUUAUAUGAAAAUAUUACCAUUAUUUCAAUGGACACUCAGGACUUACAACGUAUGUCCAUAGGGUCAGAUGUGUGCCCCUUUGCUGAAUGUACAUUGUGUAUCCCAAGGCACUGAUGGGGUGGAAAACAGGUGUGUCAGUCUAAAUUAACACAUGGAAAUUAACUUUUCCAAAUGAAUGACUUGCCUUAAACCCUCUAUCUACUGAAAUAUUGUUUCUAAGUGAUAAUUUCAUGUUUAAUAUUACGUGGGAACUGUAUAACGUUGGGUGCUGUUUUUAAAAAAAGACAGGACUAUGAAAUGGGAAACUGUUGAAAGGUUGUGAAUCUUUGAAAAGGUAUUGCAAUAAACAUCUCAGUAUUUGGAGGGUUUUCUUAGAUCUCAAACUAUUACAGUACGUUGAGGAACUGUAAACAUUACCAAUGCCAAAUUAUAGCUUAGUUUGAUAAAGAGAGUCUAAUUACAAAGAGCCCUUCUGAAAGGAUUUUUUUAAAACUAAAGAUUCACCUUUUUUUCUAGGGCUAAUAGCUCUGUUCUAGGUUUAUUUUAUUUUGUUGUUUUUAAAAACACUAAGUGGACUUUGAAGCUAGAGACAAAAUGGCAGCCAUAAUAGAAUACAGAUGAAGACACUGUGCAAGCCACCAGGCUUUCAGUGAAAGUGCUUCUUACCCUUAGCUACUAGAGUUUCUUAUUCUAGCACUUAAACAUUUUACAAAGUGACUUUUUAAUCUUUAAGAAGUCACUCUGAAGUUUCUGAGACAUAAAAUGGUUAGUUGAAGGUGCUUACAGUAUCAAAUAAAUAUUGCCAGAUUACCCUGAGGUUGUAACUCAAGUUACUAGAAAACAAAAGAUGAAAUCAUAUGUCAACCAGUCACUGUAAUAAUCCAUGGCCCUUCACCCCAAAAUGCCAGUGAGCUUUAAGGAAAGCUUUUUCUUUUUUCUAAAAUUAAGAUUUCAGAUGCAGAAUUCACACUACACUUUUAGGUAAGAUUAUGGGAGAAAGCAAAGCUUGGGAAUGGGAGACUGAUAUUUCAUUUUGAAAUUAUAUCAAGGAAGUAAUGUUGUGAUUAUAUCUGUAACAGACCAUUUAUUGUGGUAAUGGCCUCUGCUAGAGAAAAAAUGUGUUUAAAGGGCUAUGUUUUUAUUUGCUUAUAUUCUGUAUUAUUUUCAUAUGAUUUUUAGUAAAUGCAAACUGUGUUUAUCCACGUUGUUUUAACUUUAAAACUUAUACAAAAAAUGCCAGAGCAACAGUAAUGAAACUUAUUAUCAAAUAAUAACAGCCAAAUGAGGUGAGUAAUAAAUUUCUUGAUUAAUAUUUUGGAUCCUAAAAACUUCUUGGUUGUGAAUCUUACAACAUUAGUUGACUGAAUAUUGUGAAUGAGUACAAAAAAAAGGCAGCUUUCAGCUUUUAGGGACACUAACAAGAAAAAUUAUAGUCUUCUCGUCAUCUAAAAUGUCAGAAGGCUUCUUCAGCUCAGUUUCCACAGAACUUACACUUGAGUUGGAUCAGAAUUAUGUUUUUCUUGCUUGGAAAGUUCAGCAUCUAGGUUUUGGCACUCUUCCCAAAAUUCCAAGGAAGAUGAAGACAAGCUUCUCCUAUAUGUGGAUAUUAGCACACGUCCAUCAAUCCACACAGCUAGGCAAACUGAGUAUAUCCUGGAUAUGACUACACUAUGUUAAAAAACCCACGGCAUCAAGUCUGAGCCCAGGUCAGCUGACUCAGACUCCCGGGGCUCAGGCUGCAGGGCAAAAAAUAGCAGUGUGGGUGUUCGGGCUUGGACUAGAGCGGGGGCUCUGACACCUUCCCCCCUUGCUCAGGGUCUCAGGGUAUAUUGACAUUGCAAUAAAAGACCCAUGGUUGGCAUGGGUCAGGUGACUCCAACUCAGGGGGCUCAGGCUGCGGGCUAUAAAAUUGCAGUGUAGAUGUUCGGGAUCAGGCUGGAGCCUGGGCUCUGAGACCCCUCCAGGGGUGAGGAUGCCAAAGUGUGAACACGUACACUGUAAUUUUAUAGUCCUGCAGCCUGAGAGAGCUGAUCUGGGCCAUCCAAAGCUAUCCCAGGGGUCGUAUUGCAGUAGGCAUAUCCUGAGAGAGCAGUUAACUGCACUUCAAAAAUGGCGUGGAUAUUGGCAGUCCGUGUAAUUGAAAAUGAUCACCCGUAAAAGAAAAUGAACAGAUUUGUAAACUCCUACCAUGGUUAUGCAAACAGACUACUCCAUCCCCUGGGCUAUGGUUAUCAUAACAUGCUUUCCCCAAACACAUCUAUCUUUUCACAUUGUAUAUGGCUAAGGGCAGGCAGAUAUAUCUUAUUCCACACAAAAGCAGCUAAGGAUUUUAUCCAUAAAUCUGUAACAUCACCUGCAUUUUCUCUUUCUGAAAGGAUAUCAGACUAAACAGGAGACUAGUCUACAUUUGUACACACUUCUCAGCUUCUUUUGGUUUAUCCCCUUCUGUUGUUAUUGAGCUGGGUCCUCUCCUUCAGAACCCCUGCCCUCUCCCAAAUGGCAUAGAGCCUAAUUUGGCAUUUCAUUUACAUAUCUACACAUAUAAGCAUUACAUAUGCAAACAGAUUUGCCAGGAUGCCAAUGCAAUAUAAUCUGUAUUUGGUAGCCUCAAACCAAAAUGUCUCCUUCUCCCCUUAGUAAUUUGGUAUUUUCUUUUGGUAUGCAUGCGAGCAGAUAUCAUCACAUUUUAAAGAGGCAUUUGUCAUUAGUUGUGCAUUUGCAGUAACAAGAGUAAAUAUCCUGUGGAAGAAAGCACUCACAGGCU